AUGGAAAGGCCCAUGCGGGAGCCUCCAUUCGAUAAGUGCGUUUUCGAUAGGCUCAAGAAAGAGUCAAUAUCCGACGCAGAAAAUCAACCUUCCCUUACAGGUCAAGUGACUGCAAGGGCUGGCCCUGAAACAGCUCGGCCAUCGUCGAAAGACCCAAUACAAUGGACAUCAACAAGUUCUACAUCGCGUUCUUUGUUCCGAGGCACUUCUCCUUUCGAACCUCUCCUCCCGGCGUCGUACCGCGUUAGCGACGCAAAGGGUAAACCAUGUAUUGUUACAGCUAGCGUCGAAUAUAUCUAUGGUGACCUGAGCGUCAAACGACUUAACGACGUUGAUGACUGGCUAUGGCUUGCCGGGAGGCCAAUGCCUCCGCGACCUCUAAGCUACCAGUUAGCCUGCUCUCGCAAUAUCAUCAUCAACGAGCAGGCAGAUCUGCACCUAGUUUGGACCGCCCCCGGAGGAAUUUUUCUGAAACCUAUUCCCCGCUACCUUUUGGAUUACCAAUUUUGGAAAGAUAACAUUGUUUACGAUAUCGAUCUUUAUAAAUGCGCGUUUGGUUUUUUACUCUCCUAUGUCGCACUAAUUCAGUAUGAGAGUGACUUUCAUAUUGCCAAGGACAAGCAUCUGGUACCGGAAAACUUAACUUGGGACUCGUGGACAGGAUUUGUCAGUGAGCUCCUGAGAAAGAAGAGCGAUGAAACUAUCAACAAGCGGUACCACUACGGCGAACUCCGGCUCUCCCGAUUAAAUAAAAUUUAUUGGGCACGAUGCUAUUUAAGGGGCUAUCGUUUACCAUACCAAAGUUAUGGGGAAAUGUUUAAUGCAAACAUAGCUCCAGUUGCCGGAACCACUGUGUAUAUUGCAUUGGUAUUGACAGCAAUGCAAGUUGGGCUAGCUACUCAUAAUUUGAGUGAUAGCACUGUCUUCCAUACUGUAUCGUAUGGGUUCGCACUAUUUUCCAUUCUCGCUCCUCUAUUUUUGGUUUUCCUCGUUUAUUUUGUACUUUCAAUGUUUGUUAUCUAUAAUUUCAUCGCCACUAUAAUUUUCCAAAAAAGAUUAAAGGGAGGCGAUCAGAAUGGAAUGGAAAACAAAAUCUGA